AUGGACGGUACUCCACUCGUGCAUACCUUACUGAUUAACAGACAAACUGCGAUGGCUGAGUUACUUCUGACCCUAGGAGCAUUCAUCUCUGCCAAAGACACACAUGGACGGACCUGUGCUCAUGUGGUGUGCGCCAUAAAUGACAUGUGUGGUGCUCGAAUGCUUCGCCGAUUGGCGGCGUCCUUCGAAGCGGUCGACGCCGGUGGCAGAACUCCAUUGUUGACGACUGUUUGGAAUGGUCAUAUGGAAAUGUCCGCCUUCCUGCUCGAAACCGUUGGCGGGAAUCGCGAUUUAGUAGUGCUUCUUCUACGGAUGGGCGCCGAGCCAUCUUUGAAGGACUUGGCUGGCAGGACAGCAUUAGACGUCGCUACCAUCUAUGGUCAUGACGCUAUCAAAGCGGUGUUGCAGGUUCGUUCCCCUAUAUGUUGUCUUUCUUCUUAG